GAAAUACUUGCUGGAGUUACUCUUUUGUGUGUGGACAUGCAGUUGCGUUCCAUUGUUGCAGAACACUCUCUUCUCCUUGAAUGACCUUGGCAUCCUUAUGUCAGCUGAUUGUGAAGCUUAUUUCUGGUCUCUCAUUUUUACCCCCCAAACAAUCGUAAUCGUUGGCCUGUGUUGCAGGCAGGAUUCUAAGCAUGAGCUCAUUUACUUCUCAGUUACUCGGUGAUGGUGACUCUAUUCUUAGUCCCGUCUGGCAGAGGAAGUAGCUUAGAUCAUGGGUGGUAUGUCUGAACACAAACUCGUGCUGACACUGACAGCCUGUGCUCUAAGCCGUGGUGUUAACAAAUGGUAGAACCAGAACUGCAGACCUGUACUGAAAAAUCCAUUUUAACAAAAAUCACGGUGAGUCGGAUUGGCCUAGUGGGCUGGAGAAACACCUCCGAUAGAGGCUUAUAUGCGCUUGUCUCUGCAUGGUGGGGUCAGAAACCUUUUUACCUCCAGGCCGAGGGCUGUAACCCGAGUUAAAGCGUUAGUUAGUCUCGGUGGGUUCCCUGCAGCCUCGGAAUCGCAAGCAGGUCAGAGCCCACGCAGGGGCAGUACUAGGUGGAGACCUAAAGGAGUCUGCUUUCUGGCGGGAGGUUGCCCGAGACAUGGGAACUCUCGCGAGAAGACGUCGUUACCAUGGCAACCGCAUCGCACCAGGCUAGAAAGAUGGCUGGGCGAAGUGUGGGAGUGCCGAGACGCCGUGCUGCAGAUACUCAGUCACGCGGGCAGCUUGCAGCUGGACGCGACCUCCUGGCCCGCGAGCAAGAGUACAAGCGUUUAAAUGCAGAAUUGGAGGCAAAAACUGCUGAUCUGGUUAGACAAGCUGACGAAGCAAUAAGAGAUCAGCAAGAAGUACGAGCUCGGCCUUUUUCGACAAUAGUUACCUCAUGCAGAGAGGAAGACGGCUACAGUACGAGAGUUCUGUUGUCAUCUGAAGGAUUGGAUCAUCCAUGGUCAGAAACAAAGCCAAAAACCAAAAACACUAGUCCUGUAAACAAGGCUCAAAGCAGACUCUACUCUGCAGAUAAGGAAAGGAAAACAAAUGCAAGUGUUAAACUGAAAUAUCCUAGUGUGCAGACUGCCAAUGAUGUGGCCAUCCCAGAUGAUUUUUCGGACUUCUCCCUUGCCAAGACAAUUAGCAGAAUUGAAGGGCAGCUGGAAGAGGACAGCUUGCCAGAGUGUGGAGAUGACAUUUUCUGUGGUGUCAGUAAGGACAUUGGGACAGAAGCUCAGAUCAGAUUUCUGAAGGCCAAACUCCAUGUGAUGCAGGAGGAGCUAGACAGCGUUGUGUUUGAGUGCAGUAAGAAGGAGGAUGAAAUUCAGGAUUUAAAGUCCAAGGUGAAAAAUUUUGAAGAAGACUGUGUGAGACAGCAACGAACAAUUACUUCACAGCAGUCUCAAAUAGAAAAAUACAAGAAUCUUUUUGAAGAAGCAAACAAAAAAUGUGAUGGACUACAGCAGCAGCUCUCAUCAAUAGAGAGGGAAUUAGAAAAUAAAAGAAGAUUACAAAAACAGGCUGCCACAAGUCAAAGUGCCACAGAAGUCCGCCUGAACCGAGCCCUGGAAGAAGCAGAAAAGUAUAAAGCGGAGCUGAGUAAGCUAAGGCAAAGUAACAAGGAUAUUGCAAAUGAAGAUCACCAAAAGAUUGAAGUGUUAAAAUCAGAAAACAAGAAGCUAGAAAGACAAAGAGGAGAAUUAAUGACAGGGUUCAAGAAACAAUUGAAAUUAAUUGACAUUUUGAAAAGGCAGAAGAUGCAUAUUGAAGCUGCCAAGAUGCUGUCUUUCAGUGAGGAGGAGUUUAUGAAGGCUCUUGAGUGGGGCAGUUCAUGAGUGAGCAAUUUUAAUCUGAUGCUUAUAAUAGUUUAUUCAACAUCAAAUUGUAGUGCUUUACUGUUCAUGAAAGUAAUUGUGAAAUAAAAAGUUCUGGUAAAAA